UCGUGGUCAGAAGGUCCUCUUGGGCCCGGAAUGCUCGCCCGCUCGAUCACUGCACAUUCCAGUGCUCGAGGUUUCUGAUGAGCUUCGUUGCAUUCGGACCUUCGAGCAGAGAUCGAGGUGUUCGAUCUGCGUGUCCGGCUGGUGGCGGUGGUGGAUCUUUGCGUUCCGCUCCCGACGACGGUGGGAGGGUGAAGCCAUGGUAAUGUAAUGGUCCCACAAGACCUGUGGCGAAUUGUUUUUGGGGGCUUGCGUACGGGCGAAAUAUUUAAUAUGAGAACGGUGACUCAGGCGCUUGGCAUCUGAGUCAGACCUCACGUGGAAGCUCUGCUCUUGCUCUUUAAGGCAGAGGCGUGGUGAUUUGAGACGAGGAGGACUUGAGGGUUUGUGAACGUCCGAGGCUUCAGGAGGACAUUUGCUCGCAGGUGCGCGGGGUGAGGAGCGAGGAGCAUUUGGGUGCAGUGCAGUGCACGCGCUGAACGAUGGAGGAUCGAGUGACGACGAGUAUUCAGGACAUCGGACUCCUGGACUUACAACGCACUGGAUUGUCGCCGUCCGAGUCCCGAGCUUUUCUGGACCAGCUGCAGAAAGUUCUCAAUGAGGCUGGGAAAUCUCCGCCUGCCAUCUGGGAGAGGAUCUCCACCAGUUUGCUUAAAAUCGAGCACCCCGAUCCUUUACAUCAGCUGAUUUACAACUCGACUUACCACAAUUGGGACGUUCAUAAAUUGGGUCCUCCGCCUGUGUGGUUUCCCAAAUUAGAGGAGGCAAAUUGCACGAACAUAGGGCGUUUCAUGAAUUUGAAGGGACGGACGUACUUGGGUCCGUCUUACAAAAAUCCCAUAGACAGCUACUCUGCUUUCCAAAAAUGGUCAGCUGCACAUCCAGAUAUAUACCUUGAACACGUACUCGAAGAGAUGAGUGUUGUGUUUCACCAGCGGCCAAAAUGCAUAUUGGAUACCAGUGACGAGAAGAUGCCUGGAGGAAUUUGGCUUCCCGGAUCAGUGUUUAACGUUGCGGAGUCUUGCCUUACUCCACAUCGAAAGAUAAACAAAACGGAUGACUCCGUGGCUAUUAUAUGGCGAGAUGAAGGAUCAGAUGAUAUGCCGGUCAAGACCUUGACAAUCAAAGAACUUCGCGCACAAGUCAAUCGAGUGGCGAAUGCUCUGCAAAUCGCAGGGUUCAAGCAAGGUGAUGCGAUCGGUAUCGACAUGCCCAUGACCGUAUAUGCGGUUAUUUCCUACCUUGCCGUCAUCUUAGCUGGAAUGGUGGUUGUGUCCAUUGCUGACAGUUUCGUGGCUUCCGAAAUUGCUACGCGAUGUCGGAUCUCACGCGCUAAGGGAAUUAUAACUCAGGACCAUAUUUUGCGAGGAGGCAAGCGACUUCCUCUAUAUAGUCGUGUGGUGGAGGCAAAUGCGCCAAAGGCGUUAGUCAUUCCAGCAGAUGCUAAAAGUGUGUCUGUCCAACUUAGAGAUGGGGAUCUAUCAUGGGAUCAGUUUUUGAAAGCUGCCGAUAAGCGUGGCAGGUCGGAGAUGUUCAAAGCUGUGACAGUUCCCGGGGAGGCCUUUUGCAACAUCCUUUUCUCGUCUGGUACCACAGGUGAGCCGAAGGCAAUACCAUGGUCACAUAUAUCUCCUCUGAGAUGUGGCAUGGAUGGAUGGGGUCAUCAGGAUAUACGCUCCGGAGAUGUAAUAGCAUGGCCGACGAAUCUUGGUUGGAUGAUGGGACCCUUUGUGGUCUUCGCAGCACUAUUGAAUGGUGGAGCUAUGGCCGUCUAUAAUGGAUCGCCGCUCGGUCGAGGUUACGGAAAGUUUAUGCAGGAUGCGAAAGUAACGAUGCAAGGGUGCGUACCUAGCCUUGUGAAAUCUUGGAGACACAGUUCUUGCAUGGAUGGUCUCGACUGGAGCUCACUGCGAUGCUUCUCAUCAACUGGUGAGGCAUCCAGUGCGGAUGAUGACUUGUGGUUGAUGAGUAAAAUAGCAUACAAGGGUCCAGUGCUGGAAUGUUGUGGGGGAACAGAACUGGCAGCUGCGUAUGCUGGGGGCAGUUUCAUGCAACCUCAAGCUCUGGCAGCUUUCAGUACUCAAAGCAUGAGCAACACCAUUGUCAUCCUUGAUGAUAACGGGAAUGUGUAUCCGGAGGAUCAGCCAUGUAUCGGUGAGGUCGCUCUUGUUGCUGUAAAUUUUGGAGCAUCAAGCACUCUGUUGAAUGCAGAUCAUGACAAGGUAUACUACAAGGGCAUGCCACUGUACAAGGGCAAGAGGCUGAGAAGACAUGGUGAUGUGUUUGAACGGCUUCCUGGAGGCUAUUAUAAAGCUCAUGGUAGAUCUGAUGACACUAUGAAUCUCGGUGGCAUUAAGGCAAGUGCUGUUGAGAUAGAGCGGGUUUGUAAUACUGCGAAUGAGAGGGUGCUGGAGACGGCUGCCAUUGCUAUACCACCUCUGGGUGGUGGUCCAGAGCAGCUUGUAAUCAUGGCUGUGUUGAAGGAUGGGCCAACGAUCCCUCUAGAGACCCUCAGAAAGCAAUUUGCAACAGCUAUUUCUACAAAACUUACCCCUUUGUUCAAGGUCAGCUCCGUCGAGGUUGUCUCGGAAUUUCCCCGCACAGCAUCUAACAAGCUUCUACGCCGGGUUCUAAGAAGCCAACUUAUAGCAAGGCAAAAGGAGAGCGUGAGGUCAAAGUUAUAACUGGGCAUCCUGUACAUUAUGAAGCGAGUUCCCAGGUUCUGAUAUUGUGCUUACAUUUCCGACAUCGAACAAGCUUAUGCUGUCAGGCAUAUGUUUUUCUAAGCUACAGAGAAUUCUCGACCAGUCCUAGCCGUCUUUUCAAAAGUUUUGAAAACAAUCACUUGUGUAUACUGAUUAUUGUCCCAAACCUUGUAUAUGAUAAGUAUAUUUCUGAACUCUGUCGC